AUGAACCCGGAGCUCGGGUGCGUGUUCGACGACCCCGACCAUGACGAUCACGCGCUUCUGGCCACGGAGGUGCUAGACUUGCCCGAUUUGGAGCUGCUGCUGCCGUCGGGCGAGCUGGGCGACGAACUGUUGACGUCGCUGCUGCCGGACGACGAAUUGGACGAGAAUUCCGUCGAUGCAAUGGGAUCAGAGGAGGAGAAGGAAGGUCUAACGGUAUCAAUUGAUGAUCCUUCUACGUUGACGUCCGAGGUCAAGGAGACGGAGCUCGCAGCGCGAGAACUCAAAUUCCUCGAGGCGCAGAGAGACUUUCUGCAGUACAAAGCGGACGCGAAGGUUGUUGAUGUGGAGAGUGAGAAUGAGCAACAACGGGCGAUAAAGCAGGAGGUUAAGAAGGAGAAGAGCAGGCUGGAGGAGGCCAGAGCACAACAGAACAUGCUGGUCGACGUUAUCAAGCUGCACCAACAGAGCGCUGGCGACCUGCACCGACUGAUGAUCCAGGCGUCGCCGCUGAUGCACUACAGGAUGACGCUGAUGACACCGAUGGAGUCGUACAUCCGACUAAGCAAGGAUCCAGCCGAGCGCCGCAGCAAGCUGCUCGAGAUCCGGGACGAGAAGCUGGACGUCGUGCGCCAGUUUGUCACGGCGCAGACUCGCGGCAUUGACCCGACGCGUGGGUUCUUCUACGUUGACACUUUCGAGCGCUUCGGCAAGUUUUACACCGUGGACUUCAGCGUCUCUCUCGUGAACGGCAUGACCGUGGCCGAGGUGGCGGAGGUGAUACAAGACCAAUUCGUCGUGCCGCGCGACGGCGUCUCGCGGUUGCUCGGCUGUGUCACGAACCGCACGUACUACGACGCCAUGGUCGACACUUUCCUACACGCGCGGACCGUGGAGCGCGUGGACCUGCCCGAGCGCUCGUGCGACGGCCGCAGUUUCCUGGUGCAGGAGUCCAACGCCGUCUUCUUCUUGAAGAAAUUCGCCGCCGGCGAAGUCGAUGAGUCCGACGGCGGCGGGCAGUCAGGCGAGCAGGGCGAUCUCACCGUCAUGAUGAGCGACUUUGUAGACGUGGACGAGCUGCACCCGUACCAUACACACAGCCGAGUGCGCAAGGACAUUUCCGUGGGCAUCACGCUGCGGCGCCACGUCGGGUCCGAUGGUGCCGAGGGCGUCGUCAUGCGCCGCUUCUCCUUCGUCAAACACCAUCUCGGCCGGCGGGUUUCCAGGUCAGAAGUGGUGAACACCAUCUCGACGCGGGUGCUACUUUGGGGGCAAGCGGUGCGACUCUGCAUCGCGGAGCGCAGGCGGCAGAAGCGAGACGCCCCCAAGCGCAUCUGGAACACCCACACGUUCCCGCAGCCGCACCAUCGGAAGGAGGGCGUGACGCCAGCGCCACCACGACCCGACACGGCGUGUGCCGGUGCUCAUCAGCUCAUGUAG